GACCAUCUGCACUGCUCGACGCAGUAAUAAUCAGCCUGUUGACAGGAAGCGAAUAAUCAUCUUGGUUCAUACUUAAUCACCUUAUUUUAAGAAACCAUGCACCUGAACGCCAUUUAGUACUUAUUAUUAGCCAUUUAAAUACAGAAGCAGAUAAGGUACCUUAAAGUCCCUUAUAAUUAAGCGCUACAAAAUACGUCAUGUUGAUUUGCAGUGCUUAAAAGGCAGCCGUUUGAAGAGAAACCUUUGACAACAUCGCCAGUUUUCUUUAAUGUAUAAAUCCAGUUACGAAUUUUAACGUGAUAUCACGCGCAAAAGCCAUUAUACAGUUCGCGGUGGCAUUUUUAAUUCAAAAUAGUGCUGGUCCGGUGCGGUCCAUUCUGGCGCUAGUUGAAGACUUGAAGCCGACAACCGGAAGUGAUUACUACUACAACAACAGUUAUGCCAGCUCAACUGCUGCAGCCCAUGAUAUUGCUGGCGGUUCUUUUUGUUCUUUUGUCUGAGUGUGGAGCUCGUCCACAUCAUUCAUGCAGACGGUUGGCCGGCAACAUGUUACGGACACGAGGAUGCCAUGUUGUUCACCCAAGAAACAACUCUUUGACUAUUGAUUGUGAUGGGAAAAACCUAAACUCCGUGAAGAAUAUUCUACAGAAUUUCCAGAAUCUGGGUUGCAAUGUACCGCUCAAGCUGCAUAUCAAUAAACCGACCUUCCCUAUCGCUGCGGAUCUGUUCAACAAUGUGCAAAAGUCCUUACAUCGUCUGGAAAUUCUCCACUUGACGCUUCACCAAUCCUGGGACAAUAUUUUUUCUAAUCUCGGAAGCUUGAAAAUACUGGUGCUCCAUUUUGAACAAACGUCGCGGAUGGACUCGAUAGUAUUAGGCACGGAUUCAUUCAACGGACUUUCCGAGCUAGAAUAUCUUCGCAUUUCUACCAAAACGCCCGUAAUACUCCGGAAGGACGCAUUAAAAAAUUUGCAUAAACUGAAGUGCUUAGGAUUAUCGGGAGUUGCUUCCUCUUGUGAAGGUAGCGAUGCGGAUUUUGUAAAAAGCAUUUAUCCUGGUAGCAACUCUCUGAAAACACAUUACGAAGAUCCCAUAUCCCAUCGAGUGGAAACGUGCAAAGUUCACACAAGAUGUGCCGUGCCCAAAAAUGCAUGAAAGACCCGCGAAUUCGCUCUACAAUUAGCGAUUAUAUCUUCUAGAUCUGUAUCGAAUAACUCUAGUGACAGUAUAGAAAUUCUUGAUUUUUCUAUUCUGUAAAUUAAGCGCACAUUUGUUAUUCUUUAUAAAUAUUAGAGCCAUACUGAUCAAGAUCUCAAAUUAAGUAUCAUGCUUUGUAUUAUAAAUUCAC